AUGAUAGCUAUAAUUGUCGGAGUGUUUUUAGUUUGCCUAGGAUUAGCACUUAUUCUUAUAAAGAAAAAGGCUAAGCCUCAAGCAGGCAUUUCAGGUGGAGGUUUGACUGCAGAAGCUUAGGCAGAAUUAGACAAAAAGAAUUAACCAGUAAAGCCUGUAGAAGGAGCUAUUCCCUUGGAAAGUCUCCAGGCUCCAUCGAAUUUUCCAUCAGAAGUCGUCUUCUAUUUCGGGUCACAGACAGGAACUGCUGAAAAAUUCUGCUAAACCUUAGAUGAAGAGUUACAGAAAAUCAAAGGUGUACAAACUACUCGAGUCAUAGAUUUUGAGGAGUUCAAGCCAGAAGUUUUCACCAAACAUCCACUAAUCAUAUUUUGUGUUGCAACUCACUAUGAAGGUGACCCAUGCGAUAAUACAAAGAAAGCUUUCAGAUGGAUUAGAGAUCAAAGAAAGAUUAAGGAUGAAAAGCCAUGCUAAGGAAUGAAAUACACUGUCUUCGGAUUAGGUGAUACUUCAUAUGAACAGUAUAAUACUAUUGGGAAACUAUUUAACGAAGCCUUAGAAGAGCUAGGAGGAGAAAGAAUUUAUAGGUAUGGAGAGGGAAAUGCCGAAGGAAAUAAGACAGAAGAUGACUUCAAUGAGUGGAGAAAAUAUCUUUGGAAGGAACUUAUGGAAUACUAUGAUAAGAAUCAGACUUAGGAGGAGAAAUAAAUUACUCUUGAUAGAAAGUAAUCCAUAGUGAAUGAGGAGGUUUUAGCAGACCCCAAUGUGGUGAAAGAAGUGCAGUAUCCAUUAGUAGCUGAUUACAUUGAAGAGGAAUCGACUUUUGAAUAGGAUGCAGGCACAUAGUAUGAAAUGGCCUCAAAAUAAUUUAUCACAGCGAAAGAUAUUCCAAUAAAAUACAUUAAGCAAUUGAGGCAAAAUCUAGAUGAGGGUUCAACUCUUGAAAUAUCUUAUGACCUUAAUGAUUCUGGAUUGUCCUACAAAACUGCUGCUAAUUUAGCCCUAUUCCCAUAGAAUGACAUCUCAGAUGUAGUUUUAUGUGCAGAGAGACUCAAAAUUGACAUUAAUAAAAAAUUCAUUCUAAAAACUAACCCUAAUUCAAGCAAAAAAGGUUCGAUCAAACAUCCUUUCCCAACCCCUGCCACUGUGCAAUAGGCACUACAGGAUUAUAUCGACUUAAAAGGUAAAGUUGGUAAAAAGACACUUAAAGAUCUUAGUAAUCAUGCCACUGAUACUUCUGAGAAGGAAAACAGUUUGAAAUAUCCAAAUGAAGUCAGAAUCGCUAUUUCCUUGACAGAGGAUGAGGUUUAGAUCGAUGGUUAAAAGGUCAAGAAAAUGGGUUUGACCUCAGCUUAUGUUAAGAAAAUUGCAGAGCAAAACUUGGACUUUUCUUAGACAAGAAUUACCAAUAAGAUCUUCAUAAAAGACUCUCUAUUCAAGCAACCAUCUGAUUAUUCUGCAAUACCAAUUAUUAUGGUUGGUCCUGGAACAGGUGUUGUACCUUUUAUCGGUUUCAUGGAGGAAAGAGAUAUGCUAAAGAAGGCCAAUCCAGAUAUGAUUUUAGAAAAAGCACAGCUUUACUUUGGAUGUAGAAAGAAUAACUCUGACUUUAUAUAUAAAGAUGAGAUCCUUGAUUACAAGGAAAGAUAAAUUAUAUCUGAUACUCAACUCGCUUUUUCUAGAGAAAGUGUUGGUAGCAGAUGUUAUGUGCAAGAUUUAAUGAAACAAAACAAGGAUCAUGUGAUUAAGGUGCUUACUGAAGAUAAGGGAAAUAUCUAUUUAUGUGGAAAUACUAAAAUGGGAUUGGAGGUCCAAAACAUAUUAAAAGAAUUCUUAGGAGAAGAGACUUACAAAAAAUUAGAAUCAGAUAAAAGACUAGUCAAAGAAUUAUGGGGUUGA